AUGUCCGAGGUGCUGGCCACAGGGCGGGGGCGGUCGCGCACGCGGGGCCACUUGGCGUUGGCCCAGCGAGCUGGAGCCAGACAGUUGGCCAGCAACGCCCGCUGGGCGCGGCGCCACAUCGAGGCGCACCGCAACCCGAGCCACUACGGGUGCCGGCAGCCCCACCGCCGGCCUAAAGAGGCCCGACGCGGGGCCGGCGCCCGCCUGCUCGACGCCGGGCGCCCGCGGGCGGCUUUGUUGGCCGCCGAGGGCUCCCCGCGGGUCAGCCAGACCUGCUGGGGCGACGGCUGCCUGCGGCCAGAGGCCGCCGCCCUCGCCAGCCGAGGGAGCCAGCGGACCGACGGCCCCCUCGCCACCCGCAGUACUCCAUCAGGCGGGUUGCGGGCUGCUUGGGGCUUCCCGCCGGCGCCGCUGGGCUGGGCCUCGCCGUCGCCGACCUGGUGGACAUUCGACUGGCUCGACUCCGGCCUGGCGUGGGGCGUCGCGCUCGGCACGCCGUGCACCCGCUGGAGCGCCGCCAGCCGCGCCCGACCCGUGGGCGCCGCGGGGCCGGCCGGGCUGGCCCUCGCCCGCAUCUCUGUCUGGGAGCUGGACGUCUGUGCUCGUCGUGGUGUGCACAUGGUGGUGGAGGGCCCGUUGGCUUCCCAGGUCGAGCAGAGGCAACCCUUCGCGAAGCAGCUCAGGCGCGUCAAGUGCGCGCGCUACCGGGUCGACCAGUUCGCCUGCGCAGCCGCCGGGGGGAAGCCGACUACCCUCUCCCUCAACAUCGAGAUCCUCGAGACGGCCGCGCGACGGUGCCCUGGCCGCAGGUGGGCCGUCGUGCGCCAGGGCCAGGUGCAUCACCCCGACGGGGGCUGGAGGUGGCGGACCUCGGUGGCUGCGGCCAGCCCUUCUGUCCUCUGCCGUGCAGUGGCAACAGCGCUGUGGGAUGCCGCCCCAGCGCGGGCGCGGCGUGGCGCCAGCCGACCAGGCCUGGAGCCCCGCUGGAGGACGCGCUCCUCCAGGCAGCUAGCCCAGGUGGCAAGCGACGGCGCUUGGCGCUCCCGACGGACCAGCGGCGCGCGCAGCUCGACUCGGAUGGGAGCCGACCAGCACCGGGAUGGGCUCGACCUCGGCACCGAGCUUAGCAUCCGGCGGGCCCGCCGCCAUGACGUCACUGAGCCGGGGUUCCUCCGCAAGCUGGUAGUCGCGCCUACGACCCGCAAGAAGUACGAGAGGUGCUAUGCCGACGUGGUCCGCUCCGUCGGCCGCCCGCCACGGAAGGACGCCAACUGGGACCUCGCGUUGGUGAACUACAUCGAGGGCCUCUACCGCGCGGGCGAGGCCGCGACCGCGGCGAGGUAUGCUUACCACGGGGUCUCGUUCGUCAACGACUGGCCUCGCCGCUCGCCCGACCUGCUCCCGAAGACGCGGCUGUCGCUCCUGGCCUUCGCGAGGUCGUCGCCGGAGCACUGCCGCGACCCGCCCGCGAUCGAACUGGUGCUACUCAUGCUGGACUACUUCCUGGGCCGGGCGGUGGGGGACAACUGCCAGCGCAUGGCCCUCGUGGCCGCCCACGGCAUCCUCAGCUUCGACUGCUACCUUCGGCCGUCCGAGGGCCUCGACCUCACGGCCGGUGCUGUCGGGCGACCUCGGCCCGGAGCGGCGGCUCAAGGCUGGGCGAUCAACGUGGCGCCAGCUGGGGAGGACGCCAAGCCGUCCAAGAACCGCCACUUCGACGCCAGCGUCCUGGUUGGGGCUCACGACAGGCAGUGGGUCUGCAGGGUGCUGGAGCUGCUGGUGGACAACCUCCAGCCUGGCGACCGCGUGUUCAGGUCGCUGCGUUUGGCCGACCUCGAGAAG